UGUGGGUUAGUCCAGGUCCGGAGGUUGUGCUCGACGCAUCACCUCCGCGUCGGAUGUGGUGCUAGUACUAUUCUGUGAAGAGUCUUCGUUCGAUUUUCUCUUUUUAUAUGAAUAUCAUACAGAGGUGACAUGUGAAUUUGAACAUAAAAUCAAGUCUACACUAAUUUGUUGGAAUUUAUCUCAUUUGAAUUUUACUGGAUCCAAUAUAGUGAUACUUUCCAGCUCUCAAGAUCAUUAAUGCUGUUGAACUGAAUCAUCUUAUCAUCAAGACUUCAAAGUUCCUGGACGCAAAGAUGAAAGGGAAAGCAGUUUUCCCGGUUUUGAUGGCACUUUUGUUCGGUGUAAGCGAUGCGGCGAGGAUAUUGGUUCUGCAUCCCAUGUACGCAGCUUCCCACGUUCUCACGCUGCGGGCGCUUGCCACAGCACUUGUCGGGCAAGGUCACCAGGUCGAGGUCAUCAGAUGGAAGGAUGAGCAUCACUACCCAACCGCCAACCAUCCGAAUAUCACAGAACACGUUAUGGCAAUUAAUAACACCGACGGGAGCAUCCCUCACCUGACCGUCGAGGAGAGAGCCAGCUUCCUGAUGCCGCAAAGCCUCAUGUGGAAUAAAGGAACUCACUGGACGGCUCUGCCAGUGGACGCUUUCCUCACCAUCGACGCUUUCUGUCAGACCUUAUUCGAAGCUGAGUCUUUGAGGAGUUAUCUUAGACAACGGAAGUUCGACGUGGCGAUUGUCGAUUUGAUCUACAACGAAUGCAGUUUGGGAUUAGCUCAUGAUCUGGGCCUUGCAACCAUUGGGUACUGGGCCUUCACUUUCGCUGGGGGAGAGCCCCAGUACACCACAGCCUUCUGUCCACCUUCGGCGGUGCCUCUUAUCCUCUCGCACUACGAAGACUCCAUGUCCUUCUCCCAGAGAAUAUUCAACCACUUCUUGGCGAUAGCAAGCCACAUUGUCAUGCAGGUACAGUUCUUCAUCACAAACCAUAAAAUCCAGACUUAUUUGCCUGGCACUCCUUACCCGUCAACCUUGCUGGCUAAUCUCUCUGGACUGCUUAUCAAUUCGCACCCUACAGUAGACUACCCACGUUUGCUCCCACCCUCUUUUAUCAAUGUGGGAGGGAUGCAAAUACACAAGCCUAAGCCUCUGCCGCAGGACCUGGAGGAAUUUGUCGCAGGAUCUGGAGAUGCUGGAAUCGUGCUGUUCACAAUGGGAUUCAUCUUCAACUCCAGAGUGGUUCCUGUAUCGACUCUGAAAGCCUUCAUGGGAGCCUUCGGAAGGCUUAAUCAAAGGGUGUUGAUGAAACUGGAAGGAAGCUACGCCAAACCCCCACCCAACGUUAAAAUCGUAAACUGGGUGCCUCAACAAGAUGUUUUAGCUCACCCGAAGACGAAACUGUUCUUCACGCACUGUGGCAUGCAUGGAGUUAUAGAGGCGCUGCAUUACGGCGUACCCAUGGUGGGUAUGCCUGUUUUUGCUGAUCAAGACGACGUCCUCGUCAGACUGAAACAGAAGGGUGUUGCUACGGGAGUCUCAAAGAACGCCGACGAGGACACCAUUUACAAUGCCAUUGUCGAAGUUCUUAACAACCAGAGGUACAAGGAAAACGCCAUUCUCCAAUCCAGAAUUAUACGGGACAACAGCCAGGACCCUCUGGACCAAGCUCUGUGGUUAGUCAACCAUGUCAUCAAUACGAAGGGGGCGGAACACCUUAAGUUCGCCGCCAGACAUCUCAAUAUUGUUCAGUUCUUUGGUCUUGACAUUUUCGCCUUUUUCGUCUUCGUCUUUUAUUUGGUCGCUUUCCACCUGCUUCCCGCCAUUAAAAAGGGAUUCAGAUCACUGGCUAGCGGACACCAAAGAAAGCUUAAAGUUUCGUAGGAUUUUUAAUGCUAAUGUCAAUAAUAUUAAUAUUUAUCUUUCGUAUUAUGUUUUUUAUUGUAAAGAGACAAAACUUUAUAUUAGAGUAUAGUGUAUCUUCACGACGGAAGAACGUUUCUUACGCUAAAUUACAGUGUGGCAUUUUUUUUCGUGAUUUGUUUUACUUGCCAUUUUGAUUAAGAAUUUCACUGAUCCUGUUGUAUGAAUUGAAUUAUUAACAAAAAGAAAAGGACCAUGGUUUUACAUAGUCCGUUAGUGUCCAGAGAAACGUAGACCCUCUGUAACUCGCAGUAUGUAGUCACGGUAAAGUUAUUUUAUUCGGUUGCUAGAAUAGUAUCGAUGGUUUUCUCUCUUUUUUUUUUCUUUUUUCUUUAAAGAUAAGUACAAGGACGACAUACCUUUGGUGGUAUUCAAUCUAUUCUUUAGCAAUGAAAUUAUAUUUAUUACCAAUUUUAA